UUAUUUCAUCAUCAAUCAGUCGCUGUGUCGCACUGCCAGUGAGCAGUCCACUGCGUCUGCACGGAAUAAGUAUUCUUAUACACGAAGACAUUUUAUUAGUGUUUGCAAAACUGACUUUUUUAAAUCCAUCUCCAACAUCAUGGCGAAGCUACUAAGUAAAGAGCUGCCCGACAUCGAGAAUCUCCUGAAGUUAAAUCCUACAGUGAAGCCUUACACCAAUUUGGUUCCAUCGGCCCAAACUAAGAAGAUUAAGCAACAUUGGAAAAGAAAUGCUGAUAGAAAAUGUACUACAUGUCCAACCCUGAACAAGAAUUUCGACGAUAUCAAACACACGACGCUGUCAGAACGUGGAGCUUUGCGGGAGGCGGCACGAUGCCUCAAGUGUGCUGACGCGCCGUGUCAGAAGUCGUGUCCCACACAGAUUGAUGUCAAAAGCUUCAUCACUAGCAUCGCCAAUAAGAAUUACUAUGGAGCAGCGAAGGCCAUUUUAUCGGACAAUCCCCUCGGUUUGACUUGCGGCAUGGUCUGCCCCACCAGCGAUUUAUGCGUCGGGGGAUGCAACCUUCACGCCACUGAAGAAGGAGCUAUCAAUAUUGGAGGACUUCAACAUUUCGCUGUUGACAUAUUCAUGAAGAUGGGCAUCCCUCAAACUUUAGACCCCAAUACGAAACCGCUACCAAAAGGAGGGGACCAUAAAAUCGCUUUGAUUGGCGGAGGACCGGCCAGUAUCAGCUGUGCCUGCUUCCUGGCUAGGUUGGGUUACAAGGACAUCACGGUGUACGAGAAGGAAAAGUAUCUCGGGGGCUUAAGUUCUUCAGAAAUCCCUCAAUACCGACUUCCAUACGAAGUGGUACAAUACGAAGUUGAUCUCGUUAAAAACCUCGGAGUGAAGUUUGAGACUGGAAGAAUGCUGUCUACUAAUGACAUCACUUUGAAUAAUCUUCUUGAAGACCACGCAGCAGUAUUCCUCGGGAUCGGAUUGCCGGAGCCCAAAAGCGUUCCCAUAUUCAAAGGCCUUACGCAAGAAAUGGGCUUCUACACUAGCAAGGAUUUCUUACCUCUAGUAUCUAGAGGCAGUAAGAAAGGAAUGUGUGCCUGUAAGCCACCACUACCAGAGCUGUACGGUAGCGUCGUAGUGCUGGGAGCUGGCGACACGGCGUUCGACUGUGCCACGUCUGCUUUACGUUGCGGAGCUAGAAGGGUCUAUGUCGUGUUUAGAAAAGGAUUCAGCAAUAUAAGAGCUGUGCCCGAAGAAGUCGAUUUGGCUAAAGACGAAAAAUGUGAAUUCGUACCAUUCAUGUCUCCGCAAGAAGUAAUUGUCAAAGACGGAAAGAUAAUUGGUUUAAAGAUGUGCCGCACGGAACAAUUAGAAGACGGCGAAUGGAUCGAAGAUCACGAUCAAAUCAUGCAAUUAAAAGCAAAUUUCAUCAUUUCGGCAUUCGGUUCUGGUCUUUAUGAUAAUGAUGUUAUACAAGCGAUGUCUGAUGUGAAGUUCAACCGUUGGGGCCUACCAGAAGUAGAAGACUCCAGCAUGCAAAGCGUCUCAGAACCCCGCGUGUUCAUAGGCGGGGAUCUAGCUGGAGUGGCCGAGACAACUGUUGAAUCUGUCAACGAUGGCAAAAUGGCGGCUUGGUACAUGCACUGCUACUUGCAGGGCCUUCCGUUCGACUCGCCUGUAGAACUCCCAAAAUUCCACUGUCCCAUUGACGACGUGGACCUUUCAGUCGAAGUGUGCGGGAUCAAGUUCGAGAACCCGUUCGGCCUGGCCAGCGCUCCCCCCACCACCAGCUCGGCAAUGAUACGCAGAGCUUUCCAACAGGGAUGGGGGUUUGCGGUGACUAAGACCUUUGGACUAAACAAGGAUAUAGUAACGAAUGUCUCACCUCGGAUCGUCCGCGGCGUCACCUCCGGCGAGAACUACGGUCCAGGUCAAGGAUCAUUCCUGAACAUUGAACUUAUAUCCGAGAAAUGUGAAGCGUAUUGGUGCCAGAGCAUCAAAGAAUUGAAGAAAGAUUUCCCUAAUAAAGUAGUGAUAGCGUCGAUAAUGUGUUCGUACAAUGAAGAUGAUUGGACGGAAUUAGCACGGAAAGCAGAGGCCGCGGGCUCCGACGCUUUGGAACUCAAUCUAUCUUGCCCACACGGAAUGGGAGAAUCUGGCAUGGGACUUGCCUGUGGACAGGAUCCGGUGUUAGUGAAAGGGAUUUCUCAGUGGGUACGGAAAGCCAUCAAGAUUCCGUUCUUUGUGAAAUUAACACCAAAUAUUACGGACAUUGUCAGUAUCGCUGUGGCUGCUUAUGAAGGUGGUGCGAACGGUGUUUCUGCCAUAAACACAGUAUCUGGAUUAAUGUCGGUUAAAGCGGACGCAACACCUUGGCCUGCCGUCGGUAAACAAAAACGCACAACUUACGGCGGCGUAUCGGGGAACGCGACUCGUCCAAUCGGAUUGCGGGCAGUCUCUGCGGUCGGAAAUAAAUUACCGGGAUUCCCAAUACUGGGCAUCGGAGGUAUCGACUCUGCUGAUUCGGCACUACAGUUCAUCUUGUGUGGUGCACCGGUCGUACAGAUUUGCAGUGCAGUGCAAAAUCAAGAUUUCACAGUGGUCGAAGAUUACAUAACAGGACUUAAAGCUCUUUUGUAUCUACGUUCUCGUGGCCUAGACGGAUGGACGGGACAAUCGCCACCUACUUUUAAGCACCAGAAAGGAAAACCCGUACAAACAAUUCGUGACGAAAAUGGAAAGGUACUGACACACUUCGGUAUUUACAACAAAAAACGCGAACAGAUUCUCCAUCAAAAUAGAUUAAAAUUAGGUUUACUGGACGACGACUGUGUUGUUGACAAUCGUUCGACCAAUGGCUCUACAAAUGGCCUUAGCGCAGUACCAAGAAUCAGCGACGUAUUGGGUCAAGCUCUGCCUAAAGUGGGGGCGUACAAGCACUUGGAUAAUAAACUCCAAGUCGUCGCGCUCAUUGAUGAUGAUAUGUGUAUCAAUUGCGGAAAAUGCUACAUGGCGUGUGCAGACUCUGGGUACCAAGCGAUAGAAUUCGAUUCUGACACUCAUCUUCCACACGUGACCGAUGAUUGCACUGGUUGUACUCUAUGUUUGUCUGUGUGCCCAAUUAUCGACUGUAUAUCAAUGGUCCCGAAGAAAAUUCCUCACGUCAUCAAAAGGGGUUUAGGCUAUGAAAUUCAUCCGAUCUCACCUCUAGACGGAAUUUGUCAAUAACAAACGAACGGUCAUUGUAUAAAAAUAUAUAUAUUUGAUAAAAAAAUAAAUAUUUAAUAAAAAUUAAUGUUCAUU